ACUUACAGGCCACCGUACCUUUUGGUAACGUCGACUUCCGUGAGUUAAUCGAAUGAAUCCAGUGCGCUUGCGUACCUAAUGUGUCCAUAUUGAUGAUAUUGGUUCUUCGAAUUCCAACGAUUUACGCUGGGGUUUCGCCGUUUCACCUGACUCUGAUCAAGUCGGAAAGGAAAAUUCCUUUGAAAAAACGAGAAUCUGAAGAGGAAACACCAUUGGUGUCGUCGAGUUUCCUGAGGCAACCAAGUUUCAGGAAUGUCAAUGUAUUCUCACGGGGCUGUGGCAGCAGACGGUUUGCUCUUUUUUCGACACUUUAGCAAGUUGAGCUGGCUCCCUGCAUAUGGAGUGAGAAGCCUCCUGCAGGCUCGACGUUUGUCUCUCAGUCGGCUUACUGCGGGCAAGACUCCAAGCGUCAAGGAGUCCAUUGAAAAAGUGGCUAUCCCUGGACUAGAUAUGGUCACUUAUGGAGAAAGGAUGCACUUUGUCCCGGGGCUAUCGAAACCCGUUUGGCCACAGUGGGAACGGUACUACAAGGACCCCAAGCAUUUCAGAUCCCCUUCAACUCAAGAGAUGCCCUUGUAUCAUGACACACCUUGUUAUGUGUUCAACGAGAGGACCAGCGCACUGGAAGGUGUUCGUCAGGCCCUUUGGUUAACCAAGAGCAAGGCAGUCUCUGGUUUGCCACCUCAUCUUCUAUCUUUGGCGAAGAAUCCUGCCAAUAAAAUACCAAAUCAGGAAAACUGUGUCCAGAAAGCCAUCAAACAUGCCCACUUCUGGGACACAACUCAGGAGCGACCAGUAAAAUAUAGCAACACACUCCUCUUCAACCUGUACCACCUUUGUGCCACUCUACAUUCCAGCCAUCCAUUGAUUGGAAGGAGAAUGUUAGCUGAGAAAUACUUAUUGACAGCUUCGUGGAAAAGAGGCAAAAACUUGUUCCAGGUUCGGGGUCAAAGUGGCUUAAAGUAUUGCGGCAUGGAUCCAAUCCCAAGGAUUUCUGGGAAACAGCAGGUUUUGGAAACAGCCAAUCAUGCUCUAGAAACAUUUUACCCUGUCUCUCCUACGGUAGACCUGCAAAAAGUACAUGUCUACAAGGACCAGGUGAACUGCACAGGUUUCAGAGGACAAUAUUUUUACCCUCAUGCCCACACACUUUACUUCUUGGAGGGUUAUGAUUCUCGCUGCAGGCUUCGCCCUGAGCAGUUCAGAGCCAAGAUGAUCAUGUUUCUUUUUGGAAAUGCUCUGGCACAAGCACAUAACUUAUUUGGGGCCAAGAUUUAUCAGGUCCUGGAUCCUCCUAUCACAAUACAAGCUGUUGGGACCAAUGGCAAUGUUUUCCAGUUUAUUGUUUUUCAACUCAACACCACAGAUCUGAGAGGUGACGAUGGCAUCAAAAACCAGGUGUGGUUGGAUGAAGAUGCUGAGCUCUACGAUUUUGUAAAAGUCAGACCACUCUUCUUCAAGAAAAAACCCAAGAAACAACUGAAGGUACCAGAUGGUCUUGCAGGAUACAACUCAGCGACCUUCACCAAGUUCCUUGCCCUAUUCCUUCAUGGAGCUGCGUAGCACUCAAGACCCCAUUCAUGCUCGUGACACAUGAAUCAGUAUUUUGGUGUGCAAGUUUGAGAAAGAUAUAGGGGGAAUUAUGUUUCAAGACUGCCUUAACGUCAAAUGAAACAAGUCACAUAUUAGUCUAAAUUACUCACCAUGGUUGAUGAUUUCAUUGUCAUGUGCCUAUCGUGAAACUUCUCAAUUAGUUUUUUCCUGUUGUAUGUUAAUUUGUUUCACCAAAUGUGAUCUGACAUAACUGUCAUAAAUGGCCAUGUAACUGAAGUUUUUUCUUCUUAAUUCAUUGAAUUAACUUUUAAAAACAGCAUUUCAAGUUCACUUGGGUUAUAUUUUUCUAUUUACAUUUGUUAGUUGAUGUUGACCAUUAAAGUGGGCAAACUGUGCAAAAAUAUCAGAAUUUA